AUGAAAUCAUCCUCUUCCACCCAAAUUGCUCCGAUGGAAUCAUCUCCUGUAACACACAAUGAUUAUGAUAUGAUCAUUGGAACUAUUCCACUGAAGUUUAAUCAAUUGGUUGAUUCAAACUCUAUUGUCGUUGAUGAUGCUGGAGUUUUUAAUCACAAGAAUGAUGAAGGUUUCAAUGACAAUGAUGACGAUCCCAAGCUACUUUCUUCAGGAGAAGACGAAGGCAUGGAUGAUUGUUAUGAUUCUGUGAAUGGAGUUAGGAAAUUUUCGGCGGAAGAAUGGAGCUUGGUUGAUUCUUAUAGUUUUAUUGGUGGAAUCGAGGAUGAAAAUACUAAUCAAUUACAAGAUAACACAAAGGAGAUCUCUACAGGUGAUUUUCAAAUGGUCGCCAAAAAUGACGAAGAUGUUCCGGUUGGAUUAACUGCAACUUACUUUUAUGAAAUGUUUUUAGAUGUCAUUUGUGAAUGGAAGGAGAAAGAAAAUGGCGAGGAUUUCCGUUGCAAGGAAGGUGUUGUUGAUAUUAUGGUUGCACGUUCAAAAUUGCUUUUGAAAGCAAGAGAAAUCUACACUAUUGAGGCAUAUCUUUUGUUUGAGGAGCAAUUUCUCAAAGGUAUUUCCCUUAAGCUUUCUAUUCUACCUUCAGCCACGGAUGAGAUAAUUUAUGAAGUUUACCGUGAUGAUUCUGAUAUGUUCAAGCAUAGAGUUUCUUAUAAUCCAGAGACGCACUCCAUAUCUUGUACAUGUAAGAAGUACUAUGAGAACAAGAGUGCACAAAAGGCUUGCGAAGAGGCACUGAAAAUUGCUACAAAUAAUGUAAUAGCUCAAGUUGGACCAAUUUUCAACAAUAAUGCAGCUGAUGGGGGGUCAAACAAUGAUGGAAAUGUCAGGAACCCCACGAAGAGGGAAGGCACUCGGUGUAAGUAA